AUUAGCCUACAUCUCCAAGUAAAUAUUACUCAUUAAAAACUGAAUGUUGUUGUUUAAUAAAUAAUAAGUAAUAAUAAAUUAUGACUGAAAUAAUGAAGCGACGAUUUUUAAUUGUUUUUUUAAUUAUUUACUCACUGUCACUUGGCAACGCCCUAGAGUGUUAUGUCUGUGACAAUCAGGAGGGAAAUAGAGAAAAAUGUUUGAAUUCAAUAAUGACAUGUGAGCACACUGAAGACGCUUGUUAUACUGAAAUAAGAUGGGGAAGUCUGCCUUAUUGGUCCGAGGGAGCUCCAAAGCAAUACUACGUUUCGAAAAAAUGUAUGUCUUAUGAUGAGUGCGAUAGACAGAAGAGAAGAAAUAUGAAAGAUUGCACUUAUGUGUGGUAUCAAGAUUGGAAAUGUUCUGAUUGCUGUAAAGGAGAUCGUUGUAAUUAUUAUAUUUUCAUCAUGAAAAUAUUUGGACUCGGUCGGGUAAUAAAUGCGUUCACGAGGAAGAAAUUAAUUUCGUCACCUUCGGAGUCUGGUCUGGCAAGAUGUCUUUCAACAUUAGACCUCACGGCUCUUGGUAUUGGAUCGACUCUCGGUGUUGGUGUUUACGUUCUUGCAGGAUCCGUUGCUAAGAAUCUCGCCGGUCCGGCUGUGGUGAUUUCUUUUGCUAUCGCUGCGGUGGCUUCAAUGUUCGCAGGUCUCUGCUAUGCAGAGUUUGGCGCCAGAGUACCCAAGGCAGGGUCAGCUUACGUCUAUAGUUACGUUACAAUGGGAGAGUUUACCGCUUUCUUGAUCGGCUGGACCCUUAUCCUGGAGUACGUGAUCGGUUCUGCGAGCGUCGUCCGGGGUCUCAGUACUUACGUUGAUGCUUUGUUCAAUAAUUCCAUGCGAACUGCAUUUCAAUCGGCGGCUCACUUUGAAAAUGAUCAUUUUUCUCCCUACCCAGAUUUCUUUGCCUUCGGAAUCACAAUCGCAUUUUCUGUCGCUCUGGCAUUUGGAGCUAAAGAGUCGUCACUGGCAAAUAAUUUUUUUACUCUAGUGAAUUUAGGAGUCGUGCUAUUUGUCGUUGGCGCUGGAUCUAUAAAAGCGAACGUAGCGAAUUGGAAAAUUGAUACCGGGUGCACAAAAGAACCGUGUGGCGAACGUGGAACCGGAGGAUUUGCGCCCUACGGAAUCGCGGGAAUAAUAAAAGGAGCAGCUUCAUGUUUUUAUGGAUUCAUUGGGUUCGAUUGUGUAGCAACAGCCGGUGAGGAAGCCAAAGACCCUAAGAAGUCAAUCCCCAUAGCUAUCGUCGCCUCACUUACUGUUGUCUUCCUCGCGUACUUCGGAGUCUCUGCCAUCCUGACAACAGUCCUGCCGUACUAUGAACAAGACCCCAAUGCUCCAUUCCCACACCUCUUUGAAGUAAUCGGGUGGGAUUGGGCCAAGUGGUUCGUGUCCAUCGGCGCGAUUUGCGGUCUGUGUUCAAGUUUACUUGGCGCAAUGUUUCCCCUGCCAAGAGUUAUCUACGCAAUGGCUUCAGACGGUUUGAUAUUUAAAUGGAUGGGAAAAGUCAGCUCGCGUUUUCACACUCCAAUGAUGGGUACACUUUCGGCAGGAUUUUUAACUGGAGUACUUGCUGCUAUUUUUAAUCUAGACCAACUUGUCAAGAUGAUGAGCAUUGGAACUUUACUCGCAUAUUCAAUAGUCGCGGCAUGUGUCCUUAUUUUGCGGUAUGAAGAAAGUGAAGCGUAUGAAAAAAAAGUUGACAGAGAUCCAAGGACAUUCAGAUUUAUUGUAACGCAAUUGGUAAAUGCAAAUAAUAUCCAACUUGCGACAAAACUCACCUCUCAAAUUGUUUCUGUUCUUGUAUUUAUUUACUUCAUUCUUUGCUUCUUGAUUACGGGCCUCCUUACAACUUUUGCCACCGAACUAUCCGAGGGCAGACCCUGGCUGAUUGCAAUACUUGCAAUUUUAGUGAUACUUCUGAUUGCUAUCCUUGUAUUUAUUUAUCAUCAGCCUGUUUCGGGGAAGAAGUUAACAUUCUCUGUUCCACUGGUUCCAUUUUUGCCAGCACUCAGCAUCAUCAUAAAUGUCUAUCUGAUGAUGAUGCUGGACGUCAUGACGUGGAUAAGAUUUUCGAUAUGGAUGGCUAUUGGACUAUUCAUAUAUUUUUCGUACGGUGUUUGGAAUAGCAUACACCGCGUGAAGACUUAGUGAUACAGGAGAUUAAUUAAGUUAAUUUAUAAGUUUAAAUGUAAUAUUAAUAAUUAACAAAAUAAAUAUCUAUUUAUAAAUAAUAUCUAAUAAAAAAAAUUUUUUUUGAUCAUCGAGGUAAUAAAUUUGUGUAAAAAGAAAUAUAAUCUCAUAAAUAUUAAUUUUUUAAAAUUACGGGAGCGGUUGAUUUGUCAAUUUGGUGGACUUCAAAAAUAUAAAAGAUUCUUUACAUAUUAAAUAGCGAUUUCAAGUCAUCCAGAGAAAGUUUGGACGCAACUUUGCCAGUGCCACCUAAUACUGAAUCGGCAAGGGACAUUUUCUUCUCUUGCAACUGCUGAAUUCGUUCCUCUAUGGUAUCUGAGCAAAUAAUUUUAUAAAUAUUAACAUUUUUCUUUUGCCCAAAUCGAUAAAUUCGGUCUUGAGCCUGGGAUUCAAGCUGUGGGUUCCAGUGGAUGUCAACAAGAAGCAAAUGGUUGCCACCAACGAGAUUGAGUCCCACCCCGCCGGCGCAGAGGGACAGCAGAAGGAUUCGAGGAUUUUUUUUCGAGUUAAAAUUAUCGACAAUUGUUUGGCGGUUUUUUACAGCAACUUGUCCGGUGAAUUUUUCAAAAGUAGCACCAGGUAUUGUACGUAGACAGUCGCCGAUUAUAUUAAGAUACGAUGUCCACUGGGACACUAUAAUUAACUUUUCAUUUUUAUCCAAAAUCCCGCGAACGAUGCCAAGAAUUACUCGUAACUUGGAACUCUGUCGCUUUGAUUCAAAUACCGGAUUCUCUGAGGUCAAAAGAUUUUCUACUACCCGCUGAUCAACUCCUACUUCUUCUUCUUCGUCUUCAUCAUCACCAUGCUCUGAAGUACUUAUUGAAAUAUUCAUACGUAUCAUUUGAGAAACAAGGCCAUCGUUAUUUAAUUUAUCUUCUAAUCCAUUAAUUUCCAUUUCUUCCUGAUCAAGCAUCUCAUGAAUCAACGCUGGCUGGCAGCAAAUCUGACGAAGUCUCAACAGAAGGACUAAAAUUUGAUGGGAUUUAACAUCAGCGUGGUGAGCUAGCAGUUGUUGUUGCGCUUUAUUGAACUUGGUAUUGUGAUAAUUAACAGGCGCUCUGUAAUCCGUAGCACCCAGUUGGAAUAGUGUUUGUUUUUCAGCUCGCUGAUGUAAAAAUUGAGCAAAUAUUGUCUUUGAAUGCAUCAUAACUUUGUCGUACACCAGCCGUUCCUCUUUGUCUAGCGAUACUUUGAUGACAUCAAUCUGUUUCUCCGGUAGAGACUCCAGCUCCCCUUUCAUCGUGAGUUCCUGCUUCGUACGACGAAGCAUCAUAGUCUUCAUCACGGUGGCGAGUCUCUCAACUCCAGCGUCGCUUUUGUUCUCUACCCAACGCUUCCAUACCCGGAUGUCAUCAAACGGUGAGCAUUGAAGGAAUUUAAGGAUAGCAAAUAUGUCCGUUUCUUUAUUGUGAAUAGGAGUACCCGUGAGCGCCCAUCGCUUGGCAGCCUUCAGCUUACAAACUGCAUCACAAGCUUGACUCUUGUGGUUGCGAAUAGUGUGCGCUUCAUCUAGGAUCACACGUUUCCAGCGAAUUUGAAAUAUCUGGCCCUGGGUUUUACACUCACGCGACAGAAUAUUGUAAGUUGUAAUUACCAUGUCAUUGCGCGCAAGACGUCGAGCUGCUUUCUCACGAUUGGUACCAUGAUACACUUCAACAGUGAGUACUCCACGCUUGCAACGCUUGUCAACUUCGCCCUUCCACUGAUUGAUUAGUGAAGCCGGACAAACGACAAGAGUUCCUCCCGGGUGCUCGGAUCGUCUGCCUCUGCCCAUCCAUUCGCUACCGUUAUUUUCUUCAUCGUCACUGGAAGCUUCUGCCAAAGUUUUAAUGACCAACGAAAUCAUUGUAAGCGUCUUACCGAGCCCCAUAUCAUCUGCGAGGACACCACCACGUGGCUUCUGCGUUUCACGCCACAGCAACCAGGCCAAGGCAUGCUGCUGAUGAGGCAUUAGAGGGACCACGAGUCCUCUUGGGUCUUCCGCACGUUCAUUUUCUGUAGGUCGGGAUAUAAGAGACCCGUGGAGAUGCUCCAGACGCUCUACUGUCAGUGCUUGCUCAUUUCUAAAUGUUUCUAAAGCUUUCUUUCCUAAAUGCUCGAUGCUAGUGUCAGCUGUAGG